AUGACUGCAGCCAGUCCCGCCUGCAGCACCUCCUCCUCCCACUCCUCACCUGCCUGCCUCCCAGCAUGCAACAGGCACCUGAGGAUAGGCCAGGCCUUCCAGACCCAGCUGCCCCUGCGCUCGGCCCCCGGCGUGUGGCUGCUCCUGGGCGUGGUGGUGGUCGUGGUGGGCAUGAGCGUGGCAGUGGCGGGCUACGUGACCGCCGAGCCGAAGCCCGCGGGAGGCCGUGGCAGCACCCCCGCCGACAGGAUGAAACUGACCGGGCCCGUGGUCAUGGGAGUGGGCCUGUUCAUCUUCAUCUGUGCCGCCACGCUGCUGUACGAGAACCGGGACCAGGAAGUCCUCAAACACGAGACGUCCGACGACCUGGAGGACCUGAAGGGAGGGAACAGCUGGGAGGACUCGCAGGAGCAGCCCAGCUUCGGCUGCCAGGAGCAGUGGGGGUGUAGAGACACGGAGCAGGGCUCCUGGGCUGCUCCUGCCCACACACUCCCACUCGCCAACCAGAGCUGGGGGCCUCCUCUUCCUCCUGCUCUGCCUCGCACCAACGCACACAACAUCAGCAGCAGCACAACAUCUCUGGAUGCAGGAGGUGGAGGUGAGGAGAAGGUGGACAUGAAGGAGCAGGAGAAGGAGGAAGGAGGGUCGACCCUACUGGCCCGAGUCUUGCACCACCAGGAGCCGACCCCUCAGCCUCCUUCCCCCUGCCCGUCCGUCUCCCACUCCACCGUCUGCUCGGACUCCUGCAACUCCAGUGAGAUCCACUUCAACAUAUGGACAGACUCUCCUCUGCCGCAUCAACACUGA